UUGGUGGCAGUGGCGAUUAAGGACAGUUGCAGACUGGGAGGGAGCACCUAAUUUGGUUGAACCCCGGUAGAUAGGCUUGCAACUUGCGACCCGGUCGAGCUCUCAUGGGCUUAUAACCCCCCCCCCCCCCUUCUUCGAAUGAUGCGAAAAGGAGGAUCGAACGGUUAGGGAGAGCAGGGUGUAUAUACCAUCUAAUACGCUCUGGUGGCCGCAUUCUUCCCAGUGCCGGAGAUAGAAGCUACCUAAUUAGGCACUACCUGACCUUUACAUACAUACCUAUAUAAGGCAUUAGCAGCGAACUCGCGCGGCGCAGGCAGGAGAGACGACGUUUGAUACUCAGGAAUUCGUACGCCAAAGCCUCGAGUCGGAAUCAUGGGCCCUCACAGCACGCUGGCGGGCGUCAUUGCCCUGGCCGCCUUGUUGGUGACCGACGUCUCUGCUCAAUCCUGUCCCGGCGUGACCGGCCGGUUCCAGCCCAAGAUGGGCUCGGGGUACAGGUACAGCGUGCUCGCGACCGGGCUCCGCAACCCUCGUCACAUUGCCGUCGACGCUGCGGGCAACUUGUUGGUGGCCGAGGCCGGAUCCCAGGCCGUUCGUCGACUGGUGCUGCAAGACCAGGGAGACAUUGUGUGCGUCCAGUCUAAUACACAGAUCAUAAGCGGAUCGACAAACCACGGGAUCGCACUCAGCGCCGACGGCAAGACCCUCUUCACCUCGAACCUCGCCAGCGUGACGGCCUACUCGUACGACGCCGCCACCGGCCAGGUCGGCCAGGCCAGGCCGAUCGUGACGGGCAUGUCCUUCCAGGGCAGCCAUCCGACCCGCGCCAUCGCCACGUCUAAGUGGAGCCCGGACACGAUCCUGGUCGCCCGGGGCUCCCAGAGCAACAUCGACACCCUGGCCGUCGACCGGGCCGCCGCCCGCAGCAUGAUUAAGACCUUCAGCAUCAGCCAGGGCCUGCAGGCCGCCCACGACUACGCCACCGGCGGCGAGGUGCUCGCAUGGGGCCUCCGCAACAUUGUCGGCAUGACCGAGGAUCCCGUCUUUGGCGGUAUCUGGUCCGUUGAGAACCAGAUGGACGACUUGCGCCUCAACGGGAGGGACAUCCACAACGACAACCCGGCCGAGCGGCUGAGCUACCACGGGAUCCUCAACGACACCGAAAACCGGUACAAGGGCCUCAACUACGGCUAUCCGUCGUGCGUGCCCGCCUGGGACCCCCAGAAUGUCGGCAUCGACGGCCUGCUGGUCGGCUCCCUGUUCAAGCCCGACAACGUGCCCAACGUCGACGCCAACGAGUGCGCCAACAAUCGCAUGACAGGCCGUCUGCACUUCCACGCCCACACCGCCCCGCUCGACAUCAAGUUCAACAAAAACAGCACGGCCGCCUACAUUGCUUUUCAUGGAAGCUGGAACCGCAACCCGGCUGAUGGCUACCGCGUCACGCGUGUCGACUUUGCCGACGGCCAGCCCGUGCACCACGUCACCAGCAGGACGGCCCAGGUCCCCGUCAUGGAGAACAGCAACAUUGGCGCCUGUCCCAUGAACUGCUUCCGCCCCGUCGGCCUCGCUUUUGACGAGAAGGGCCGGCUGUUUGUGUCUAGUGACUCGUCGGGCGAGAUCUAUGUCAUUUAUGGUGCUUAGGGGCUAGGAUAGGAAGACAUUGGGAAG